CGACCCCUUUUCUGUGUUCCCGGGUUACCUCCGGAGGCAUAUAGUGGAAAGAGCCAUUAGGAUAUUUGACAAUCUCAGCUUGUUACAACUCCAUCAGUUAAUUGGAUCCCUUGUAGCUCGGCUCGUUUGACUCAUCUGCUACUUUGAAAGACAAAAGCGCGAAAGGGGGUCGUUGACACCUCGCACUACUGGGCGUGUAUAAAAGAGCUGUGGCUUCUCCUGGUAAUCAUUCCACUUCUCUCCAAAGCCGGAGUAACAGAGAGCCACGGAUAACUUGCUGUUUUCUUUUCUUAACUUUCACUUUUUCCUGGGAAAAAAAAAAAAAAAAAGCUCAAGAGGAAACCAUGCAGAUCCCUACACGGCCUCACGGACCCUACGGAUUUUCAGUGCGUCCACAGGUUCAUCUCCACCCGGACUGUUCCAUCAGCGCGUGUCUGUCCACAGCUGCAAAACCCAGCUCCGGAAAAUCAUUCACCAUUGACGCUCUGCUCGCCAAGCCGGACAACACCGAAAACACAAAGACAAGCCCAUUUCAGGGCUCACUGAAUCCUACGCCAUCACCACCAGGUCUCUUUCUAUAUGCCGGACAGAUGUGUCCACCACUUCCUCACUACCUGCACAGCCCGGCAAUGAUGCACACACAAUCCAGCUAUCCAGUCUACUGCUGUCCGCCCUACGGGUACCAGACAACAUGCCCGGGGACUGUUUAUUCACAAGGUGCCACACUGUCUAAAGCAGGAGUUCACGCGCACUACAAGCACAAAGGGGGGAAAUCAAAGCGGAUGCGCACGAGCUUCACCAACGAGCAGCUGUCUCGCUUGGAAAAGGAGUUUGCGCGCCAGCAGUACAUGGUGGGAUCAGAGCGCUUCCUGCUUGCAUCUGCACUCCAGCUCACCGAGGCGCAGGUUAAAGUUUGGUUCCAGAACAGGCGCAUCAAGUGGAGAAAGCAGAGUCUUGAGCAACAGCAGGCCAAACUUGCCAAACUAGGACUCGCGGUUCCGCCGAAAAGCCCCGGAUCUCAAGGCCGCGAAGAUGAGGGAGACGAGGACGAGCACGAUUUCACAGAGGACUCUGAUGUUGAUAUCGACGACUCCCUGCACGCCUGACAAGCCUUACUGUGACUUUACAACACUGCUUUUUGUACAUAUGUGGAAUGCUACAUAUUUUUGUAGUACUACCUUUUGCAUAAAAAAAGGGAAAAAAAAUCCAAUAUAUUUAAGUAAUAGAUAGCUAUAUAUUUAAAACCGUUCUGUAUUAUUGCUCUUAUUGGAGUACAAUUUCUUCCUUUGUGCACGUUUGUAUGAAUGAA